AUGAAAAGAUGUUCUCCUGUCUUUAACACUGCCAAUGGAGUGACUGUCGUUGAAGUAACCCUUCCAGUUUGGAGGGACCACUUCAAGACCUUGCUGGACCGGCAAGCGUCGUCUGUUCCUGAACUUGGGCACGUUGUGUGUGCGAUUAACGAGGAGCCACCGACCGUUUCAGAGAUUCUGGUCUGUAGUAUGAAAAAUGGAAAAUCUGGUGGAGACGAUGGAAUUAGCGCAGAAAUGCUGAAACAUCUUCCUCCGUCUGGGAUCGAGAUAGAGAUGAAAAAGAUCAUCCGUUCAAUAUCUAUAGACGAAAGGAUACCUCACUCGUGGAGACAAGCUAUCAUAAUUUUCCUCCGCAAGAAGUUAUCCGUCACAGACCCUAGGAAUUAUCGAGGAAUCUCUUUGCUGCGUGUUACGUAG